AAAGUAAAAGUCCUGAGUCAGGUCGUAUUUCUAAGCACCAGAACUCGGUCCACAAACCCUAGACAGUGCCGAGCCAUGCAACACCAACUCCCCUCCCCCUGCCAAGGUCAUGGUCGCCACCACCACCACCACCACCACCACCACCACCACAUUCCUCUCUUUGUCCUUUGCCCUUGCGCUUGCCAUCAACGUCACCAUCAGCAUCACCAUUUACCUUCACUGAGUUCUCCCUUCCUUCCCAGGCCUUCAUCCAUUGCUUGUUCUACUUUGCCUCACCUUUUACCAAAUGAAUCCUCUCCACGUCCCCUCCAUGACCAUUUCUCCCAAAGGCAUGCCCGUACCCAUAGCUCGAGAGUGGCGGAUGAGGCCAAAGUUGCGGAAUUUUCUGCUGCCGAGUCUGAAGAGCAAGAAUUGAAUGAGGACCGAGUAGAUGAUGAUUGUGGUGGUCAUGGUGGUGAUGAUGAUGAUGAUGAUGAUGAUGAAGAAGUGGUUUUUGUAUUGACGGAGGAAUGGAGGGAUUUUUUUGCAAAAUCCGAGGCUAAACGAAAAUUGGCUAAACAGCAGAAGUCUGGGACGUGAUUGCAUCAUUCAGUAUUUACAAUGUGCUAUCUUCCUCGCCUCCUGUUUUGCUUACAAGAGUUAUCCAAGUGUCAUGCUAACUGAAUCAUAAAAAUCUCACAUUUGAAAGCAGUCGCUUUGUGAUUCUUAUGGCAUAGAGGCGCUGCUAGUUUUGAUUACAUGCUGUACAAUCUAUUUGGUGCAUGGUCCUCACCUGAUGAACGUUCUUCUUACAUUUGCUUGAUAUUUGCAUUUUGGAGUCAUCUGUAGUGGUUGCCUAGAUUUGGAGGGCUUCUCUACAUUCCAUUUCAUUUCCAUUCAGUUCACCCACCUCUAAUAGUUGACCAAGAUGAUCAACUAGAUGACUUCUAGUUCAUCCAUACAAUAAAAGCAGCGGAUGAAUAAUCAAUCUAGUAUUUUUAGAUCAACCGUCCGAGGUUGGGAUUUGAUCUUUGGAUGUCUGGAAAACUAAGGUGUCUAACUGCUGCAACAUUGCCCUAGGGGUGACUAACAGAUUAUGAUCAUUGUAAGUAUAUAUCAUAAUUGGACAUGGAUCUUACCCUUUCAUUAUUACCGUUGGUAUUUAUAUGAAUGAUUGUUCUAAUA